AUAUUCAGCCAUCUUCAAUCUCCCGUGAAAAUGGCGUCCGGCUUGAUCGGAAAAUUGGUUAGAACCAAUCCGUCGCGAUUAACCACCGCGGCGAGGCUAAUCCCGUCGCGAUGCACAGCCUCCGCACCACAACCGGAAUCAAAACCUUCGUCUAACGGCGGCAAACCAUCGAACCUGAAGACGUUCCAGAUCUACCGAUGGAACCCCGACAACCCCAGCAAGCCCGAGCUCCAAGACUACCAGAUCGAUCUCAAGGACUGCGGCCCGAUGGUCCUCGACGCCCUAAUCAAGAUCAAGAACGAGACGGAUCCCUCCCUCACGUUCCGCCGCUCGUGCCGAGAAGGGAUCUGCGGCUCGUGCGCGAUGAACAUCGACGGGUGCAACGGCCUCGCGUGCCUGACGAAGAUCGAGGAGGGGGCGAAGGAGACGACGACGAUCACUCCCUUGCCGCAUAUGUUUGUGAUAAAGGAUCUGGUGGUGGACAUGACGAAUUUUUAUAAUCAGUAUAAGAGUAUCGAGCCGUGGCUGAAGAGGAAGAGUCCGGCGUCGGAUGAGCAUGGGAAGGAGAUUCUGCAGAGUAAGAAGGAUAGGGCGAAGCUUGAUGGGAUGUAUGAGUGUAUUUUGUGUGCUUGUUGUAGCACGUCGUGUCCUAGUUAUUGGUGGAACCCUGAGUCUUAUCUUGGCCCUGCUGCUUUGCUGCAUGCUAACAGGUGGAUAAGCGACAGUCGUGAUGAGUAUACUAAGGAAAGACUUGAGGCUAUUGACGACGAGUUCAAGCUUUACCGUUGCCAUACGAUCUUGAAUUGUGCCCGUGCCUGUCCAAAGGGUUUGAACCCAGGCAAACAGAUCGCGCAUAUCAAGCAACUUCAGCGUUGAACUGCUUUUUGAAGUGUUGUGCGGUCACUGAAGCUAAUAAUCUUCACAGUCUUGGAUUUUCAAUUCAUUUUUUGUAUUGUUGUUGCCACACCUGAAAGAAACUCUUUUGGCAAGUCUUCCCAAGUAGAUGAGCUUUGUGGUUGUAUCUUGCUGAAAAAUCUCUCGAGUAAUAAAACUGAAGAAAACUUAAACCUCA